AUGAACACUCACCAAGACUGGAGAAAUUCGUUGACGGAUUCAUCGUCGGGGGAUGCUGUCAAGUAUAACCUGCGAUGCAAUCGAAACAUCAGCGAGAAGAUGACGAAGAAGGAUUUCGUGUACGACAUCCGUCCUCCGAUUCAAAGCACUAGAAAGCUCGAAGAAAUAAAACAGCCGAUAGUUUUAUCGCUGCAACUCCGUAAGAAGGAAAAUUCCGACUCGAAAGUGCCUCAAUACGCUGUUAUUUCAGAAAGAGAUAAACACGCCGGGAGCGGCGAUGCAUUUAACCUUUCAGAGCAACGAUCCUUGAGGUUCGAAUGCAAUUUCUGUCACGAACAAAUUGCUACUCUACUGUCCCUCUCGACACACGUUAAAUUUCAUCGACGAAAAUACUGUAAAUAUUGUUACUGGAUACCAAUGGACAACGAAACGAUGGAGGAGCACUUUGAAAGCAUACAUCGAAUCGAUUCAAUCGUUACAACAAGCGUUUAACGUGCACCAUU